GGCCCGCCCGCGGGGCCGGCCGCCUGUCAGAGGGGGGUGGCGAUGGUGCGCCCGGUGGCGGUGGCGGCUGCGACAGCUUCCCUGGUCCGAGUGCCGAGAGGAGAAGAUGACUGACCGACCGACUGAAUGAAUGAAUGAAUGGCGGAGCCGAGCGCGCCAUGAGGAGCCUGCCGAGCCUGGGCGCCCUCGCCCUGUUGUGCUGUGCCGCCGCCUCAGCAACCUCGGCGGGGAAUGUCACCAGCGGCGGCGGGGCCGCAGGGCAGGUGGACGCGUCGCCGGGCCCGGGGCUGGGGGACGAGCCCAGUCACGCUUUCUCUAAUGCGACGACUCCCACGGCCCAGGCCCCGAGGACCGGACCUCUGCUCACUACCGUCCACCCAUCCCUGGUUGCUUCCUCCUCAGCCCGGUCUCCGGAGACCACCCCUCCUCAGGCGACGGCCGGAUCCUCUCCCACCACCUUUCAGGCGCCACUCGGCUCCUCGCCGGCCACCGCUCCGGCGGUGGAACACACUCCGACCACCCCUCGCGCGACGACCAGACCCCAGCCGACCACCGUCUCCACGACCGCCGGCCCGGCGCCGAUCACCCCCGUAGCGCCCACUGUACCGGCGCCCACCACUCAGCUGCCGCCGACUCCCGUUGUUCCCGGCGGCAGCAGCGUCCCGCCCACCCCACCUGCCACCGAGGCCCCUUCUCCUCCUCCUCCAGAAUAUGUGUGUAACUGCUCUGUGGUCGGAAGCCUGGAUAAGAAUAGCUGCAACCAGACCACAGGGCAGUGUGAGUGUCAGCCACAUUAUCAGGGACUUCACUGUGACACCUGCAAGGAGGGCUCUUACCUGAAUCACACUUCUGGGCUCUGUUUGCCCUGUGACUGUAGUCCGCAUGGAGCCCUCAGCAUACUUUGCAACAGUUCCGGAAUGUGCCAGUGCAAAGUGGGUGUCACCGGCUCUACAUGUGAUCGAUGCCAAGACGGGUAUUAUGACUUUAAUAAGAGUGGCUGCUUGCCCUGCAGAUGCCACAAUCGGUCUGCCAGUUGUGAUGCCCUCACAGGUGCUUGUUUAAACUGCCAGGAAAACAGCAAAGGCGAUCACUGUGAAGAAUGCAAAGAGGGGUACUAUCAGAGUCCUGAUGUCACUGGAGAAUGUCUUCACUGCCCUUGUUCAUUAGUGACAUCUACAGGCAGUUGCAUCAUAAAACUGGGUGAAUUGGAACCUAAAUGUGUCCAGUGUAAAGAUGGUUACACAGGCCAGAACUGCAAUAAGUGUGAAAAUGGCUAUUACAAUUCUGACAGCAUCUGUAUAAAAUGCCAAUGUCAUGGCCACGUGGACCCAAUUAAAACUCCUAAGAUUUGCAAGCCCGAGAGUGGUGAGUGCAUCAACUGCCUCCGUAACACCACUGGGUUUUGGUGUGAGAACUGCUUAGAAGGUUAUGUUCGAGACCUCGAGGAAAAUUGCAUCAAGAAAGAAGUUAUUGUUCCAACACCUGAAGGUUCUACCAUUUUGGUUUCCAAUGCCUCUUUGACCACAUCAGUGCCCACCCCUGUUAUAAAUAGUACAUUUGCCCCCACAACCCAGCAGACUAUCUUUUCAGUGAGCUCUGCUGAGAACAGCACAUCAGCCUUAGCUGAUGUAUCAUGGACCCAGUUUAACAUCAUCAUUUUGACAGUCAUCAUCAUUGUGGUGGUGCUGCUGAUGGGAUUUGUGGGGGCUGUAUACAUGUACCGGGAGUACCAAAACCGGAAGCUCAAUGCCCCCUUUUGGACCAUCGAGCUGAAAGAGGACAACAUCAGUUUCAGCAGCUACCAUGACAGCAUUCCCAAUGCAGAUGUGUCAGGAUUGCUGGAAGAUGAUGGCAAUGAAGUGGCCCCCAAUGGGCAACUGACCCUGACGACUCCCAUACAUAACUACAAAGCCUAAGGCGCUCGAACUCUUCUCCUGCAUUGUUAGACCACAGUGCUUACUGUGACAGUGUCAGCUCCUGGGCCAGACAAAGCCUUGGUGGAGAUCGCUGAGAAAGCAAAGGCAUAGAGCACAGCUGGGAUUUUCAGGCACCAAUGUGUAAUGCACUUAGCCUGUUCUUCUUGGUUUUUCCUAUGAAGAUCUGAAGCAGUCACUGUCAGGAAGGACUUGAAGUAAAGUAUAUUUUUGUACCAAACCACAUGAGAGUAUAGAAAGGCUGAACUCCAUAGUGCAGCCCAAAUCCACUAUUAUCUCCAUAUAGACUCCGGGGGAAGUGUCCACCACAUCAGCGAAAACAGGACGAUGGGAAUGGAGGGGAAGGACUGCUGGAAGGCUUCAUCUCCAUACCCGAGACGCAGUUUUAAAGGAGAGUGAGGGAUGAUGUCCGUCUCACUGCACUGAAAGACAUCAGCAAGGAAGAGCUGAUACUGGGCUGUAUCACAAUAAGCAAUCUUGAUUGUUUCUAGAAUAGGGGCAGAAAAGUACCAAUAAGAUUUUUAGAAGGGCUUGAUUUUUCCUUCCAGAAUGCUUGCUCAGUGAUAGGAUUAAAGCACAGGACAAGCUUCUAAUAGUAGAGAGGGGAAGGCAACAUCAGGGAGCAGGAAGCUGCUGGUCCUCCUUAGGGUCUCAGUGUAAAUGGGAAAUUGUCUAAAAACAAGGAAUAUUCUUGCCUCUAGAGAAGUAAUGUGUAUAUAAUUAAUGUAGCAUAUCUGGUCAACAUUGUAUUUGUAUCUAUUUGUAAAAAAUCAUGUCAUAUUUUAUCAUCUAGAAUUUAUUUGUACAGUAGUUACUGGUGUUGUAAAAAGAAAAUAUGGGGAUUGGUUGAAAUAUUGUAAAAUAGAUGGCAAUAUUGCUAGAGCUGGGACUCUGGUGAGCAUCAUUCAUUUUUAGUCCCUCUUUGGACAUUGUUGAAAUUUAUAAGAGGUUGAAUGUUUCUAAUCUUUCUUUCCCUCUCUCAACCUGAAAGUAGAGUUGUAUGUUCUUUGACCUACUGUAGAGUCAAGCAAUAGAUUUUGAAGUCAGUGAUUCUUAAGCUGGGACACAGGCUGUGCUCUCCAAACUACUCACUGGAUUAGACACUACCCACUCUAUAUAUUCUAUAGAUUAAUGUAAAAUAUACCCUCAUUAAAAAAUGGGUUUUUUAAAAUGUAACAGAUUGUCUUCCAAAGGAAUUAGAAAUAUUUUAGUUCCAAAAGAAAAGCCAUCAUAUCACUUGGGAACCCCUGUGUUCAUACCUGUUAUAUUCUUCCCCUACUUCAAAAAAAUACCUCCUCCAUUUAAACAUAGCUUAUCACUCAUAUGCCAUGAGGUGUGUACCGUCUCUCUGCAGUGCUUCAGUUCCCCUGUCUUCUUGUCUGGUUUGAGAAUGGGUCUGUAGUCGGGUGGGCAUAGUUAGUGCCUGCUUCUACACAGUUAUUUCCUAGAGACCAUCUACUGUUGCUCUCAUCUGUUAUGAUAUUGACAGAUUGUGAAUUAAACAGGCCAGGACAAGCAGCCAGAAGUCAAAUAUAGAUAUUUAUUAGGAGGAACAGCAAACUAUCAAGUGGUUAGAAAAAAAUGCAAAAACUUACUAGACCGAAGAAAUCCAAGUUGACAACUUUGCCUAACUUCCCCAGAGAAAAACUUGGAAUUUGGUCAUCCCUCUGUAGGAGACCCCUAAAUUGUUCUCAGGGUUCGGAGAUGACGCUGGAGGACGUGCAGGUAGAUAAUCUACUUUUGGUAACCUGAGAUGCUGUGAAUAUUUAGCCAUUGCUCAUGAGAAUGGAGGUUACAUUAUAUGAUAUUAAAGUAGUGAAAAUUUCUAUAGCCCUUUGCAGUUUGCAAAGCACCUUUCCAUAUGUGUGUCCUUUGUUUCUCACUAUAGUCCCUGAGGCAGUAAUUGUUGUCCCCAUCUCAUAGAUGAGGUUAAGUGUCUUGUUUAAGGCAACACAAUAUGUCAUUAUUAGGCUUGGAAUCAGGAAUCUAGCUCUAAAGCACAUGUUCUUUUAACUGGAUCUAGUGCAGAAAUGGCCUAGCCCCAGAUACAAGAAGGCUGGAGGAGGAGUCCUGUCUGAAUGUUUCUGGUUUUUGUGAGUAUGAGGUGAAAUCCGGGGCCACACAGCUGUGAAGGACUUCAUGGAAAGAACACAGGAGGAUUACUAUCUGAAGCCAGUAUUUGUGAUGAGAAAACAAAACUACCAGUUUGUGCUUCAUUUAAGUGAACUAAUCCUCCCAAGCAAGGAGGGAAAACCUGCUUUCCCCAGCAUCUGCCACGUAUGUGUACACAGGCGGUGUACUGCGCAAUUCCACGGAAUUGUGAAAACGGACAUACCUGCUUUUCGCCCAGAUUACUGCCCCCUCAAAGUCAGGUUUUGAGAAUGGUGAGAAUAAACAUCUGUUAAACAGAAGUUAGCCCACAGAGAAAGAAUGAGUGUCUGCUGGGGAUAUCAGAGCCAAAACCAAGUUGUCUGGAUUCUGGCCAUGUAGAGAUUCCUGGAAGCAGACUUUAAAAGGUAUUGCAAAAAUUGAAUCACAAAGAAUGUUUGCCUUUAAGUAGUUUAUUAAUUGCUCUUAGGCCAUGUUCUUAAUUUUUCCCAAUGGAAAAAAACUGAGGUCUUAAAAUUUGUUCUAAAUAAUAUUCUUUAGUCUCCCCUGUUUUUUGCUGGUGGAAACAGUUUUGCUCUAAAAUAUAAAUCAAUCAUGAGGUGAUCUACCACCAAAAUCAGACUAGAAUAGUAGUAUGGCACAUAUUCAGUAUUUAUUCCUGUAAAGGCACGAUCCCAUGAGCUAUAGGGUUCAGCAUCAGGAGCUCAUCAGUCCUACAGAAAAACUAAUAUGGGAAAAAUUACGAUCUAAGGAUUAGAAAUGUCUUUAUUGUCAAACAAGAUAAGACUAGUGUGAAUCUAUUGAUAAAUGACAGAUAUUGCUAUUAAGUGGUACUUUUAUAUUCAUUAAUUUAUAUUAGUAAGCCUUUAUGCAUUUCUGACAGAUGUCCUAGGUAGUGUUGUUAAAUAUGUUUGUCCUCCCUUACUUUCCCCUUCCUCCCUCCACCCUCAGGCUCCCAGAAGUCUCUUUAUUAAUGGAAUUUCUUCAGUUAUAGAGAAAAAUAAUAAAAGUUAAACCUCAUUUAUACUCAGAUCCUAUGGACUUCAUGUGUUCCUCUUAGGGAUACCUGAAUUUUAAGAGAACACAGCAGACAUGGGAUGGGAGGAGUUAAGAUUUUGGGGGGAAAAGAUUUGUAGAGGCAUCCAAUUAUAUGGCUCUUCUCUAGCGCCAAUAUUUCCAGGAAGAGAGAUCAUUAAAGCAGCAGUCACUGCCCCACUAGUUCACUUAGGUCAGCUGAGUGCCUUCAGGACAGUUAGCCUUUCUUGUGCUGCUUUGGAGGCAGAGAACUAAAGCAAUAGCUUGUCCUCCUGACAGCCUCAGUUGGGACUGGGCUAUUAGAUCAUUCACCUUGGUCCUAUGUUUUUUGUAGGACACAUGGUGAACAUAAUACUAUUUUUAAUGGACAUUCCCUGGUUCUGAUAUUUUGAGGUAUGUGGGUAGGAGUUGAAUUUAUAUAUCUCAAGUGAAGCUCUCUGAUAAAAAGUUCAGAGAAGUAAAAACCAACCCAGUGGAACCUGUUUGCAGCCAAGAAAGCACCUCUGGUUUCAUCCACAAAGAACAUUUGGUAUGUUAUGAUCUUCUUGAUAGGAUGGAGUUUGGGAGCUAAAAUGAGUUUGGUGUGUGUGCAGGGGAGUAAUGGAAAGUUAGUGCAAGUUUUCUCUCUAACCCUGACCCCAUGACUAUGCCAAGGGGAAAGCAGGAAGAACACACUGAAUCAUCCAAAGGAGUCAAAUAGAAAUCAAGUAGAAUGAAGGUUUUGGAUCAUUAAAAUGUCAGUGGUUGAAUGAUGCUUUUUUCAAAGGCAGUUGGGAAUCUUUCUUACUUGUUACUUAUGCAUAUGCAGUAACCAUGACAGCGGCCCUAGAAUGUGAGCCCAGGGCUUCAUUCAGAUCUAAGUCCAAAAGCUACAUGGUUUAAAGUUUAGUUUUAAUGCUAGGCAUAAGCACUCUGUAAUACAUUAAAUUUCAGCCCAAGUAAUUAGGGAAUGUCUCUGAAGCAUUAAACUUGUAUUUAUGUCACUAAAAUUUUAACACAAAUUUUAAAAACAUGGCUCAUACAUAUGCUGUACUAAGCUUCAUGAUGCAUUUCUAAAUUUGUGUAUGAUUUGAAUAUAUGAAAGAAUUUAUACAAGAGUGUUAUUUAAAAUUAUUAAAAAAUAAAUGUAUAUAAUUUGUA